AGCACUAGCCACUAGGUGGAGGAGAGCUUCGUGGAACCGGGAGUCAAAUUCCAGCCCACGAAAGAGGAACUCUACAACAUGACAAAACAGACCAAAUUGCGGCGAUUUCUUGUCUCUCUCUAUCCCAAUCAACAAUUUACUUUUAUAUUUUAUUAUCUACGUGUCUUAUUAAUGUACUAGUUUCAUUAGAGGACAAAAUACUGGCAUUAUGAUUUUUCAUGUUCGUAACGGUCGUCUGGGCCCCGGAAUUCAGCUAUCGACAGUUCAGCGCGAGGUUGUUGACUUCAUUUUUUUCCCCUCCAGUCACUGAGAUUUAUCUUACUUGGAGGAAGUGGAAUACAAAUGGCAUAACCGUAAAACUUUUGAGCGGACAAUAAAUGUUUUAUUUAUUUAUGUUUUAAGAUACCAAACAGGCUUUAUCUGUGGUUACUUUGUCGUGUUAACACUUGACGAGUUAAGAACGUUUAUUUUUUUCAUAGAAGAAACUGAAAAAUGUAGUUGUUCCGAAAACGUCUUGAACUUCCCUAUGUUGUGGAGGGCAUGAGGAAACUUUUGAACACUGUCUGAAAUAUGAAUGAACUAUGCUUUUAGUAUUUUACCGCUGCUGUUUAAAAUAAACAAAUGAUGUUCGCUGGAAUGGUCAUAUUGGAUAGCAACUCAACACACAACGCUGACGGCGAUUUUAAAUGUGGCCGCAACUCAACAGUCAGAGAAGGUGGAUGUGUCAUGGCAACAGAGGUAGACAAUCAGGAGGCUGGGGUAUAUAGAAGGACAAUCAGGAGGCUGGGGUAUAUGAGGGCAAAGGUGGACUGUGCUAUGGGCUUGACUGGCAGGGAUCUCAGAGAUCUCCACAUACAAUCUGGAGCUCAGGUGUCCUGUCCUUUCACUGGUCAGAUUGCUGAAGAUAAAACUUUUAUAUUAUCCAGCAAUCAAGAUCAACAUGAAGAAUGCUCUGAGGGAGAUGGUCCGGAACUUGCAUACCAGAAUAUCUAUAGUCUUCUCCAGGGUGGUGACGGUCAGACAAAACCUAGCUAUAAGCAAAGAUCUCCCAGUGCUGUAGACUAUUCGAAGAGUAUUCAACCAGGUUAUACUUUCAACUCCAGCUUUAGCUUCAUUCAGCAGUCACUGAACAUGAAUAUCAUUUUGGAUGCACACAUGAAUAAAUGUCCUUUUCUAGUUGCAAAUACAGAACCAUCAUUGCAUGAUUCAAUGCCUGUUCAUGCAUAUGGAAAAGACAUUCUAUCAGUAGGACAAUUGCCUUUUUCUGUUACUGUUUCUGGUCAAUCAGACAAGUCGCAGAAGAGCUUUUUGAAUGGUGAGAUUCCUGGGGUAGGACAGAAUGUGCCUAGUCACAGUGGCGACAGGCAUGUUUAUUUGUCUGUAACAUCUGACUUCCAAGACAACAUGCCAGACUCAGACUUGGAGUACUUGGACACAGAGGUCACCUCCUCAUUCUCAGUGAACUAUUCAGAUUCUACCUCUGCCUCAUCAGUGACCUCUGGUUAUGGGAGUACCACAUCCUUUUUGGACCAGAACUGGAAUGACAUGCUGAAGAAGUAUGAGGAAGGCCUGCAAAAUUGCCUUCAUGAAAAUGGCAUCAAGUCCAAGAUUGAAUUAAUGAUGUUAAAAAUUCAGAUGCUUCAACAGAAGUCUGCUUUGGAUGAUGAUUAUAAAACAGCUGUGCACUUUGGUUCGAUGCUGGAGGAGCUGAAGGAAGAUGUUGAAGAUGACUUUCUAAAGCUUGGCUUGCCCUCCCAACAUCCCAACGUUACAUUCUUUCUAGAGCGGCUUAGGAUGACAAUUCAUAAUGCCCUCCAAAGGACUAACUCAGAAUGCAGGCAAAAUAAGGAAUCUACAGAUUGUCACAUGCUUAUGAGUGCUCUGGGAACACAGCAGUCACGAGAGCAGCUGAUACAGGAGAAAGAGCAGAUUCAGAAGCAGAUGAUGGAGCUGCAGCACAUGUUAGGAGAACUGCAGAAACAGAGGCUGGCUCUGGGGGAGCAGCUAAACCAGGAUGACCUUAGGCUGGAGAAGGAAGUCGAGGAGCGAGUGCUGAGAAGCUACAGCCCAACUCAGUUGCACCUGAUUGGUCGAGUAUUAGAGGACUUGAUCACGUCUCAGCACCGUGACCAGAUCUCUCUAUCUCCAUCUCAGUCUAUUACCAGUCUUCAGGAGCAGAAGCAAGACCUGGGUUUAUCCAAUAAAGAGGCAGCAUCCAAAGUCAUCAUGUCUCAUAGUCAACACUUCUGGCAGGUGGGACUUCCCAUGGGAUUUGGCAGCAAUAUGGUGAAGAGCCAGAGGUUAAGUGAUAGUCUACAGUCAAAAGUUUGUGAGAAUGAGACCCAAUUGCUAGACCAGCAUGAGGCCAAGCUAGCAACCAUUUCAGGAGGGAAUGACUUCAGCAGUGCAGAAGAGGUGAAGGCAGAGAUGAAGUCUUUAUAUAGGGAAAGGGAAUGCUUGGACAGCCUUUCAAAGAGGAUGCUUGCACUGAGCACAGCAAGCAACCAGAACCUGGUCUGCGUGAAGGAGCAGCAAAGCCAACUAAAGGAGGAACAGCAGAAGAACUUUGCCCAGCAUGAACAGAAUUUGAAAGAGAAUACUGUUAAGUACAGUGAACUUCUAGAGGACAUACUUCAUAGAAGUAGAAAUACUGGACUGGAGCACAUUUGGAAGGCUGACCUGGAGACAUGCCAACUUCUUCCACAAGGUUGUGAGCUACAUGCCCUGAGCUGUUCUAAAACUGAGGAUCACCUCCCUACUCCAGCACCACGUCACAAAGCUCUGCCAUUCGCCAAGUCUAAAGCAGUGUGUGCCAUGCUCACUGCUCUGGGAGAAUUCUGUAGUCCUGAAGUGAACCUGCAACAAUCUGAAUUCACUAAGGAUCUAUGCAGUGAGGGAAUGGACCUGACAGAACAUUGUAAGUUCAUCAGUAAAAGGCUGCUGUCUUUGGAAGAGCAUCUACAAGCUGCCAUGCAUAACUAUGAUCAAGAUCUCACUAAAAAGGAAGUACAGGAGGUAAAGACCACUCUACAAAAGAUGUUAUCUCAACUCAAGGAAAAUAAUGAAGAUGAAGAGGUGGAACAGCUUGAUGAAGAACACUUUCAUGACAUACAGGAUAGGGAGGGAGUAAAAGCAGAGGAAGGUUGUUACUUAAGUGACAGCUGGGAGAUUUAAAAAGAUGUUCAAGUUAAAAGCUAUAUUUUCCUUUUAAUUAUAACGUUUGCUAAAUAAAUGCUACAAAAAACAGUUGGCAUUAUACCUACGGAAUUUACACACAAUGCAUGCUAAAUGGUUCCUAUUCAUUUUCAUUUAUAACAUCAUAAAUGUAAGUUUAUAUCUUGUGUGUGUUCACAUAAUGGAAGUGUGAUGUGGCCUAGAUCUUUUCUUAAAAUUAACAAUGUGUGUUUUGGAAAUAAUUCUAAUGUCUAUUAGUAAUUUUGAAUCUUUUGAAAAAUUAAUUUCAUAUUUACACAUUCUAUGUAUUUUAUUACACAGAUCAAGAAAAUGUAAAGGUUUUUUUUGC